CAACAUUUCAGGAUUGAGCCUUUACCACUCUGGCCUCUGAACAUCCACUCUCCCAUCUCAUCCAUACAACAAUACAAUACAAUCGUCUCUCCACUCCUACACAACACAUACAGCCACACACAGCAAAAUGGUUUAUCCAUUCCAGCCCUGGAGCAGGGACUCAUCCAGCGUCCGCUCUUCCCUUAGCGAAGCCAGCCCCAGCAACACUCACGCCUACUUCGACCUGAGCUUCAGCAGCUCAUACUUGCCCGUGGGCAGCCUCAGCAAUAACAUCCCACCACCACCACCGCCUUCACCCAACGAUGACCUACUCGACAUUACUCCCCAGAAAUGCAGCUUCUCUUCGAACUCCACCAACAACGCCUGCGCUUUCCCGUCGUGGCCAAACCGGCCAUCUCUGAUCAGCUGCGACUCCGGGGAAUCGACAGCGUCCGCUUACCUGUCCGACGAGGAUCUCUUCCCUGAUGGCCCGAUGACCCCAGAACCCGCCAGCAGUAUCGACGAGGAAUCCGCCGCUAUGGACCCGCGUAUGGGCGGCACCAGCCUCACGACCGAGCAGCAGAUCCAGAUGCUCCGCGUUUUGGCCGAAGAAGAGGCCCAGCGUGCUCGGUUCCUCGCGCAGGUGCAGGCCCACGCGAAGGCGCAGCAGGCGAUCCGGGUUGCCCAGCUCGCAGCGACGGAGAAGGAGACCAACAAGCGCACCAAGAAGCGCAAGCCGGUCGUUGCUGAAAAGAAGCGACGGACGACCUCGUCUUCCAAGGUCGUCUACCGGUCGUAA